AUGUCCAAUCCUCUCCAAGUGGUAGAUAUCAGCACUUUGGAUGCUGAAACCGGUAAAAAUCUACUCAAUGCCGCGUCGUCUCAAGGCUUCUUGUUUGUAGAGGGUCAUGGGUUUCUGGAUCGUGAAAUAAGUGAACUUUUCACUUUGUCAAACGGCUUUUUUUCCUUAGAUCAAAAUUACAAAGACCAGUAUGCCAUUGAUAGCAGCAAUCAUGGUUAUGUGCGUAGUGGUGGUGAGAACCUUUCGCCCGGAGACCAAAAAACGGGAGAUCCUAAGGAGGCACUCAAUAUUAGUUUCUUGGAUUUUGUCACCGGAGAAUCUGCAAAGCCUAUUCCUGACUAUUUUUCUGGGGAAAGAAAAGUGGCCUUGCAAAGUAUCAUUAAACGCUUGUAUGAGUUGUCAUUGAGAAUUAUGAAACUUGUAGCAAUUGGUUUGGAAAUGAAAGACAUUGACUGGUUCGAUAGUCGGUACGAUCCUGAAAAACCGUCUGGUACUACUUUUCGUCUUCUUCAUUAUCCAGGCCAAAAGUCUUUGAGUCCCGAGGCGGCGAUUAGAGCAGGUGCUCAUACGGACUACGGACUGGUGACGCUUUUGUUUCAGCAGGAAAAUCAAGAAGGUCUUGAAAUACACUCUCAAAUCUCGAAAAAAUGGGAAGCGGUUCCUUUCGUUCCUAGCAACAGCACCAAGUUUUCUGGGGAAGCACCGCCCAUUAUAGUCAAUAUAGGAGACCAAUUGAGCUACUGGACCGCUGGACUUUUGAAAUCUACCAUACACAGGGUCAAAUUUCCUGCCAAAGUUCAAGAAUCGGGCCAAGACCGGUACUCAAUAGUAUUUUUCAGCCAUCCCAAUGACGAUACGAUACUCGAACCGGUUCCCAGCGAACUCACAAGAGCAAUUAAAGGCCGUGGUACCAAUAGCGAGUCGAACCCUAUAACUUCCAAGAAGCAUCUCGAGAAGCGACUUGCAGCGACAUACGGAUGGAAGAAGUGA